UGGUCAUUUAGAUUUUGGAUAUUUAUAAGACAUAAUGUUGACAUUAACGACAUGUGUUGCUUCCUUUGUUUUAUGUUAUUAUGUUUCAUCGGUUGUAACAACUAUGCCUACAGCCACAUCAACAAUUAGGCAUGCAAGUUCACCACCACCACCAACGACACCGUCUACAACCGUAGCAAGAAAUAAAACGACGAUGUUGCCAAUAGCAACGUCCACUACAGGACAAAUUUGCCUGCAAUGUGACGAGACAGUUCAUCCGCAUACAUGCAGCAACGUGAUUAUGUGCGGAGGCGAAGAAAUCUGUUUUGUUGACUCGUUUGUCAACCCCAUGGGAGGAAUCCGUUGCAGACUAGGAUGUCGAGACAGAAACCUAUGCAGUAUAUCAGGCAAGCGGGAACUUUCAUCCAGCACCGCUAAUAGACACACUCGUUCUGGCCUUUUAAUGCACGACAUGCGCAGUACAUCAGCUUUGUCUGUUGACAACGUUCUGGAUGACUCAAGAACCUCACUAGUGUGUUCGCAAUGUUGCAAUGGAAGCCUAUGUAACACUGGUGGAUGUGGAGUUACUCGUAAGUGUUGUUGUUGA